GGAAGAGCAUAACAAAUACAGUAUCAUGAGUUCAGCAGAAGCAGCCGAGGAAGGACCGACCGACUCGGACACGGACUCCUUCUUCAAAGCAGGAUCCUUCAGGAACGACGGCAUUAAAGCGUCUGAUGUCCUGCCUGUGCUAAAAGAGAAAGUGGCCUUUGUGUCAGGAGGCCGGGAUAAGAGGGGUGGCCCCAUCCUGACCUUUCCUGCCAGAAGCAACCAUGACAGAAUAAAACAGGAAGACCUGCGGAGGCUGGUGACCUAUUUGUCCACUGUGCCCAGUGAGGAUGUGUGCAAGCGCGGCUUCACCGUCAUCAUCGACAUGCGCGGAUCAAAGUGGGACCUGAUCAAGCCCCUGCUGAAGACCCUCCAGGAGGCCUUCCCUGCCGAGAUCUGCGUGGCGCUCAUCAUCAAGCCCGACAACUUCUGGCAGAAGCAGAAGACCAACUUCGGCAGCGCCAAGUUCACCUUUGAAACCAGCAUGGUGUCGGUAGAGGGUCUUACGAAACUGGUGGACCCUUCCCAGCUGACGGAGGACUUUGAGGGCUCACUGGAGUAUGAUCACGAGGAGUGGAUGGCACUCCGAGUGUCUCUGGAGGAGUUCAUCGGCAGCGCUGCGCACCUCCUCUCUCGUCUCGAAGAAUUGCAGGAGACGCUGGCCAAGAAGGAGUUUCCUGUGGAUGUGGAGGGUUCACGACGCCUCAUCGAGGAGCACGCACAGCUGAAGAGGCGAGUGGUCAAGGCGCCCGUAGAAGAGCUGGACCGUGAAGGCCAGAGACUGCUGCAAUGCAUCCGUGGCAGCGGUGAUGGUAGUGGCUUCUCUGGCCGGAGCUGUGUGUCGGGAGGUGCCGACUUUCAGAGCGUAGUGCCCAAAGUGACCAGCCUCCUGGACAAGCUGCACUCAACCCGUCAGCACCUGCACCAAAUGUGGCAUGUGCGCAAACUCAAGCUGGACCAGUGCUUUCAGCUCCGACUUUAUGAGCAGGACGCUGAGAAGAUGUUCGACUGGAUCAGCCACAACAAGGAGCUAUUCCUGCAGAGCCACACAGAGAUCGGGGUCAGCUACCAGCAUGCCGUGGACCUCCAAACUCAACACAACCACUUCGCUAUGAACUCCAUGAAUGCUUAUGUGAACAUCAACCGCAUUCUGUCAGUGGCAUCACGGCUGUCGGAGGCUGGCCACUAUGCUUCGCAGCAGAUCAAGCAGAUCUCAGCCCAGCUGGAUCAGGAGUGGAAGAGUUUUGCAGCAGCACUGGAUGAGCGCAGCACCAUCCUUGCCAUGUCUGCUGUUUUCCACCAGAAGUCUGAGCAGUUUCUCUCCGGGGUGGAGGCCUGGUGCAAGAUGUGCAGCGAGGGGGGGCUCCCGUCAGAGAUGCAGGACCUUGAAAUGGCCAUCCACCGCCACCAGUCCCUGUACGAGCAGGUGACACAGGCCUACGCCGAGGUCAGCCAGGAUGGGAAGGCUCUGCUGGACGUCCUGCAGCGGCCGCUGAGCCCUGGCAACUCCGAGUCCAUGACAGCCACAGCCAACUACUCCAAGGCGGUACACUGCAUCCUGGACGUGGUGCAUGAGGUGCUGCACCACCAGCGCCGGCUGGAGAGCAUCUGGCAGCACCGCAAGGUCCGACUGCACCAGCGGCUCCAGCUGUGCGUUUUCCAGCAGGAUGUCCAGCAGGUGAUUGACUGGAUCGAGAACCACGGGGAGGCCUUUCUCAGCAAACACACGGGCGUGGGCAAGUCCCUUCACCGGGCGCGGGCCCUGCAGAAGCGCCAUGACGACUUCGAAGAAGUGGCCCAGAACACGUACACCAACGCAGACAAACUCCUGGAGGCAGCAGAACAGCUCGCACAGACAGGCGAGUGUGACCCAGAGGAAAUCUAUAAGGCGGCACGGCACCUGGAGGUCCGCAUCCAGGAUUUUGUGCGAAGGGUGGAGCAGAGGAAGCUUCUCCUGGACAUGUCGGUCUCCUUCCACACUCACACCAAAGAGCUCUGGACAUGGAUGGAGGAUCUGCAAAAGGAGCUGCUGGAGGAGGUGUGCUCCGACUCGGUGGACUCGGUGCAGGAGCUCAUCAAGCAGUUCCAGCAGCAGCAGACAGCCACGCUUGAGGCCACGCUCAACGUCAUCAAAGAGGGGGAAGACCUCAUCCAGCAGCUGAGGGACUCUGCCAUGACCAGCAACAAGUUGCCGCACAGCAGCUCCAUCGCCCACAUCGAGAGCGUCCUCCAGCAGCUGGACGAGGCUCAGGCCCAGAUGGAGGAGCUCUUCCACGAACGGAAGAUCAAGCUGGACAUCUUCCUGCAGCUGCGCAUCUUUGAGCAGUACACCAUUGAGGUUACGGCAGAGCUGGACGCUUGGAAUGAGGACCUGGCACGGCAGGCGGGCGAUUUCGACGCAGACGAGCCAGCGGCGGCCGAGCAGCGGCUCCAGCGACACACGGAGCGCAAGAUGGCCAUGAAUAACAUGACCUUUGAGGUCAUCCAGCAGGGCCAGGACCUGCACCAGUACAUCAUGGAGGUCCAGGCUUCAGGUAUUGAGCUGACGGGUGAGAAAGAGGUGGACCUGGCCACGCAGGUCCAGGAGCUGCUGGAGUUCCUCCAUGAGAAGCAACGUGAGCUGGACCUGAGCGCUGAGCAGAUGCAGCGGAGACUGGAGCAGUGCGUCCAACUGCGUCACCUGCAGACUGAGGUCAAGCAGGUCCUGGGGUGGAUACGGAACGGGGAGUCCAUGCUCAAUGCCAGCCUGGUGAACGCCAGCUCGCUGUCAGAGGCGGAGCAGUUGCAGCGCGAGCACGAGCAGUUCCAGCUGGCCAUUGAGUCCCUGUUCCAUGCCAAUUCGCUGCAGAAGACCCACCAGAGCGCCCUGCAGGUGCAGCAGAAGGCCGAGGCUUUGCUGCAGGCGGGCCACUACGACCCAGACGCCAUCCGCGGGUGUGCUGAGAAGGUGGCGCUGCACUGGCAGCAGCUUAUGCUCAAGAUGGAAGAUCGCCUCAAGCUGGUCAAUGCCUCCGUGGCUUUCUACAAGACUUCAGAGCAGGUGUGCAGCGUGCUGGAGAGCCUCGAACAGGAGUACAGGAGGGACGAGGACUGGUGCGGGGGCCACGACAAGCUGGGGCCCAAUGCAGAGACGGACCACGUCAUCCCGCUCAUCAGCAAGCACUUGGAGCAGAAGGAGGCCUUCCUCAAGGCGUGCACACUGGCCAGGAGAAAUGCGGAGGUCUUCCUCAAGUACAUCCACAGGAACAACGUUAGUAUGCCGGGGGCAGCCGGCCACACCAGGGGCCCUGAGCAGCAGGUCAAAGCCAUCUUAAACGAGCUUCUGCAGAGGGAGAAUCGCGUGCUGCACUUCUGGACCAUGAAGAAACGCCGACUGGACCAGUGCCAGCAAUACGUGGUGUUCGAGCGGAGUGCCAAACAAGCUUUAGACUGGAUCCAGGAAACGGGAGAAUAUUACCUUUCCACUCACACCUCCCCUGGGGAGACUAUUGAGAGAACUCAGGAACUGCUGAAGGAGUAUGAAGACUUCAGAGUUUUGGCCAAGCAAACUAAGGAGAAGGUAAAGCUUCUCAUCCAGUUGGCGGACAGCUUUGUGGAGAAAGGCCACGUGCAUGUGACGGAGCUGAAGAAGUGGGUCACUGUGGUGGACAAGCGCUACCGGGACUUUUCCCUGAGGAUGGGGCGGUAUCGCUCAACCUUGGAGAAAGCACUUGGCAUCUGCUCUGAGGAUAACAAAGACUUGGAGCUGGACAUCAUCCCGGCCAGCCUGACUGACCCGGAGGUGAAGCUCCGGGACCCGAACCAUGAGGUCAAUGAGGAGAAGAGGAAGUCUGCCAGAAAGAAAGAGUUUAUAAUGGCUGAACUUCUUCAAACGGAAAAGGCUUACGUCAGGGACUUGCACGAGUGUUUAGAGACCUACUUAUGGGAGAUGACAAGCGGGGUGGAGGAAAUUCCGCCGGGAAUCGUCAACAAGGAACAUGUCAUAUUCGGGAAUAUUCAGGAGAUUUAUGAUUUCCACAAUAACAUUUUUCUGAAAGAACUUGUGAAUUAUGAACAACUUCCGGAAGAUGUGGGACAUUGUUUUGUUACUUGGGCUGAUAAAUUCAACAUGUAUGUAACAUACUGUAAAAAUAAACCAGAUUCCAGUCAACUCAUCCUGGAGCAUGCUGGGACCUUCUUUGAUGAAAUUCAGCAGCGGCACGGCCUGGCCAACUCCAUCUCCUCAUACUUGAUCAAACCAGUGCAGAGGAUCACAAAGUAUCAGCUCCUGCUGAAGGAGCUGCUGACGUGCUGCGAGGAGGGGAAGGGAGAAAUCAAGGACGGCCUGGAGGUCAUGCUGAGCGUCCCGAAGAGAGCCAAUGAUGCUAUGCACGUCAGCAUGCUGGAAGGAUUUGAUGAGAACCUUGACGUCCAGGGGGAGCUCAUCCUUCAGGACACCUUCCAAGUGUGGGAUCCCAAAUCCCUGAUCCGGAAGGGCCGGGACCGCCAUCUCUUCCUUUUUGAGAUCUCGCUGGUGUUCAGUAAGGAGAUCAAGGAUUCGGCAGGACGCACCAAAUAUGUUUACAAGAAUAAGCUGCUGACAUCAGAACUGGGAGUAACAGAGCACAUUGAGGGGGAUCCUUGUAAAUUUGCUCUGUGGGCUGGAAGGACCCCUUCGUCUGACAAUAAAACUGUUCUCAAGGCAUCAAAUAUCGAAGUAAAGCAGGAGUGGAUAAAGAACAUCCGGGAGGUAAUUCAAGAGCGAAUCAUUCACCUGAAGGGGGCGCUAAAGGAGCCUAUCCACUUACCAAAGACUCCCGCUAAGCAACGCAACAGCAGCAAGAGGGAAGCUGGAGACGAUGCGGACAGUCAGGGUGAUGGCAGCAGUCAGCCGGACACCAUCUCCAUUGCCUCCAGGACAUCGCAGAACACAGUGGACAGUGACAAGCUCUCCGGAGGCUGUGAGCUCACCGUGGUCCUUCAGGACUUCAACGCCGGCUGCGCCAGCGAGCUCAGCGUCCAGACGGGCCAGACCGUGGAGCUGCUGGAGCGACCGAGCGAGCGGCCCGGCUGGUGCCUCGUGCGGACCACCGACCGCAGUCCCCCGCAGGAGGGCCUGGUUCCCAGCAGCACCCUCUGCGUGUCGCACUCACGCAGCAGCGUGGAGAUGGAGUGCUUCUUCCCCACAGGCAAAGAGAGCUAUGGGCAGGAGAGCAAGACAGAGUCCGUGGCCACGCUGCAGCCACAGGCCUCCAUGAGCUCCAUCCAGACCAGCUCUCCAGGCCCCAAGCGCUCAGGCAACACGCUAAAGAAGUGGCUGACCAGCCCCGUACGCCGUCUCAGCCAUGGCAAGGCUGACAGUGCCCUCAAGAAGGUCCCCAGCAAAAGCAAGAAGCGGGAUGGCCGCAAAAGCAUCGACCUUGGUCCCUCCAAGUUUGGGGAGAACGAGGCUGCACAGCAGGACGAGAGCGCCGAUGAGAGGAGCAGGAAGGAGGGAACCCUCUCCAAGUCCUCCUCUGGAAUGCAGAGCGGUGGGGAAGAGGAACCAGAGGACGACUCGCACACUCCACUCCCUCCUCCAAUGGAGAUCAUCAAGGACCCCUCUGUCCAGGAGGAGAAGUCCUCCUCUUUGCUUGCUACGCGCCAGGGCGCUGCCGAAGUCCCCAGCGCUGCAGAGCUUGUCAGUGCAAUAGAAAAAUUGGUCAAAACCAAAAUGACUCUAGAGCCAGGGUCCUACCCAGGCUUCAGUGCCAUGAAUCCUGCGGAGCAGCCCACUGCCCAGCCAAGGAAUCCUGAGAUGGAGCAGAAGGCCAAAGCCUUGCGCGGACGCAUGUUUGUUCUUAACGAACUCGUCCAGACUGAGAAAGACUAUGUGAAGGACUUGGGCAUUGUGGUGGAGGGUUUUAUGAGACGAAUCGAUGAGAAGGGUGUUCCAGAAGAUAUGAAAGGAAAAGACAAAAUUGUUUUUGGGAACAUUCACCAGAUUUACGAUUGGCACAGGGACUUUUUCCUUGGUGAGCUUGAAAAAUGUCUUGAGAACCCCGAUCUACUUGCCGAACUGUUCAUAAAACAUGAGAGGCGGUUGCACAUGUAUGUUGUUUACUGCCAGAACAAGCCAAGGUCCGAAUAUGUAGUUGCAGAAUAUGACGCAUUCUUUGAGGAGGUGGAGCAGGAAAUAAACACAAGACUGUCCAUUAGUGAUUUUCUUAUUAAACCGAUCCAGAGAAUAACCAAGUAUCAGCUGCUUCUCAAGGACUUCUUGAAGUACAGUAUGAAGGCAGGUGUAGACUGUCAGGAAAUUGAGAGAGCAGUUGAUUUGAUGUUCCUGGUCCCUAAGCGUUGCAAUGACAUGAUGAAUCUCGGCCGGCUCCAAGGUUAUGAGGGGAAGUUGACCAGCCAGGGCAAGCUGCUCCAGCAGGACACGUUCUUCGUAACUGAGCAGGACUCGGGCGUCCUGUCCCGCAGCAAGGAGCGUAGGGUCUUCCUCUUUGAGCAGAUUGUCAUCUUCAGUGAACUCCUCCGCAAGGGCUCAUCCACCCCAGGAUACCAAUUCAAGAAGAGCAUCAAGGUGAGCUUUCUGAGCAUGGAAGAGAACGUGGACAACGACCCUUGCAAGUUUGUCCUGUACUGCCGUGGCUCCUCAGAGCGCUUUACUCUACAAGCUGCCAACGCAGAAAUAAAGCAAGUCUGGGUCCAAACCAUAAAGGAGGUUCUGGAUGCCCAGAGCAACUUCCUGUCAGCCCUACAGUCUCCGAUUGAAUACCAGAAGAGAGAGAGUGGGUCCCUCACACGAACCCAGCCCAACAGCCGGCCCCUCUCCUCCACUUCUGUGGGAGCAGAGAAGCCCCCCCAUUCGGGCCGUGCCUCUACGCCACUGAAGCUAUCUACCUCUAAUGGCAGCUAUGACUCCCAAAAGCAUGCUGAGCGCUACGAGUCUCCCAGGCAUGAAGCAUCUGGCUGCAACGGGAUGUCCUCCGCAAUGGUGGUGACUCAGGACUACAAUGCACUGAAGGAGAAUGAGAUCUGCGUAGCCCAGGGAGAGGUGGUGCAGGUCCUGGCCACCAACCAGCAGAACAUGUACCUUGUGUACCGAGCUGCCAACAGCCACUCUCCUGCGGCCGAGGGCUGGGUCCCAGGUCACGUCCUGGGCCCACUCAGUAAAGCCCACAUAGACAGUGCCGAAGGCAGCCUCAAGAAAUCUCUGUCUUGGCACACCCUGCGCAUGAGAAAGCGGGCAGAGAAGGAGGGCAGUUGCAAAGGUGAUGCAAAGGUUGAGAACGGACUCCGUAAGCCCAAGGAAAUUCUGAGCAGCAAGGUCAAUGUUAAAGAGUCUAACAGCUCAGAAGAGUCAGAUUGCGAUGAGCUAGACCCCAAAACUAGCAUGGAGUUACUGAAUCCCAAUUUCAUCCAGGAAGUGGCUCCAGAGUUCCUGAUUCCUCUCUCGGAUGUGACGUGCGCAUUCGGAGAGACUGUGGUCUUAUGCUGCAAGGUCUGUGGGCGUCCAAGGCCAACCAUCACCCUGAAAGGACCAGAUCAAAACCUGGUUGUCAACAACAGCCGUUUCACUAUAAAUAUCAGGGAAACAGGAGACAUCCUACUAAAGAUCUGUAACUUGAUGCCUCAGGACACGGGUAUCUACACCUGUGUGGCUGUCAAUGAUCAUGGUACAGCCUCCUCCUCAGCCUCCAUCAAGGUCCAAGGCAUCCCAGCAGCCCCUGGGCGGCCUGUGGCCCAGGAGGCCAGCAGCACUGCAGUAAUCGUCCACUGGCUCCCCCCAGCAAGCUCAGGAAACUGCACCGUGUCCAGCUACACUGUAGAGUACCGUCAAGAAGACUCCCUGGUGUGGCAGCAGUCAGUGGUGUCCACAAGGGAUGUGUGUGUGAAGAUCGAGGACCUCAUCCCAGGUGGGCACUACCAGUUCCGGGUCAGCGCCAGUAACCCCUGGGGAGUCAGUCCACCCAGCGAGCCCUCCAACAUGGUGACCCUGCCAAGUGGAAAUUCUACAUAUGACGGGACUGGAAUUCAGUGGAAAGACAACUUUGAAUUAGCUUUCUCGGAAAUCAGUGAGAUUGGACGGGGUCGGUUCUCAGUGGUGAAGAAAUGCCUUAACAGGAGCACCAAGAAGGAGGUGGCAGUGAAGUUCAUCAGCAAAAAGAUGCAGAAGAAGGAGCAGGUGGCCCACGAGGCCGACAUUCUCCGACACGUGCAACACCCGCAGAUCUCGGUGCUAUGUGACACCUAUGAGUCACCCACCUCGUUCAUACUGGUCUUGGAGCUUCUAGACGAUGGGAGGCUGCUAGACUAUCUGGUCGCCCAUGAUGUGCUGAUGGAGGAAAAGGUGGCCUUGUAUGUGAAAGAUACCUUGGAAGCACUGCAGCACCUCCACACCUGCAGGGUGGCACAUUUGGACUUAAAGCCAGAGAACCUUUUGGUGGAUCUUCAUGUGCCCGUCCCAUGUGUCAAGCUCAUUGAUUUUGGGGACGCAGUCCAAGUGUUGGGCCAUCGCUACGUUCACCUUCUCCUGGGGAACCCAGAGUUUGCAGCCCCGGAGUUAAUCCAGGGGACCCCAGUGUCUCUGAGCACGGACGUGUGGAGCGUAGGUGUUCUGGCUUAUGUCAUGCUCAGCGGCGUGUCCCCCUUUCUGGACGAGAGCCUAGAAGAAACAUGCAUCAACAUCUGCCGGCUGGACUUCUGCUUUCCGGAUGAGUACUUCCGGGGAGUGAGCCAUGCUGCCCGUGACUUCAUCACCUCUGUUCUGCAGGAGGACCCCCGGAAGCGGCCGAACGCGACAGCCUGCCUCCAGCACCCGUGGGUGAAUGCCCGCGCUGGGGAGCACUCCCGGACCCCUCUGGACACCAGCCGACUGGCCUCCUUUGCCGAAAGGCGGCGACAGCUUAAUGAUGUCCGGCCUGUCACCAAUAUCAAGGGCCUGGUUACCAGCAGCAUGGGACACACCUUAUAAGCGUUGACUGUUCACAGGAGACAAAGUGGACAAACAAGCCAAGUUAAUCAUUAUGAGACAAAGCCUUUGCUCUCUAUAAGGACAUACUUUAAUCAAGUGUAUGAUAUACGUGACCUUUUCUUCUGUCGAUCGUCAUAUUUCAAUGAGCUUUAAUGACAGUAUCUGUUAGAAGAACACUGGCACUACACCAGUGAGUCCCAGGGAACAUCAUGAAAGUUACCAGUUGCUCAUAACGUACUGCAACUGCAACUUUCAAUAAAGCCUUUUACUGGAUCUUCAUAACUAUAUUUAUUUCUAUUUAUGUAUUUGUUGUCAAAGGUUUGUUUGCCUUGAAUCCCAGGUUGAGAUGAAAAAAUGUCAAAUGUAAAAAAAACAUGAAUGAAAUUAAUUACUGAAUGUAAAAUGAGGCUGAGAGACUUUCAUUUUGUACUGAACAGCAUUGUGAUAAGCACCUGCUGCUUUUUCUGGCAUUGUUCUGAGAUAGGUGUGAAAGGGUAAUGUAACAUUAUAAUUAUACUUAUCGGUCAGAGGGUAAAAACAAGAACGUUUGAACAGCAUGGUUUCACGCAUUGACUAGUAUCAACUAUCUUGUCAAAUAGUCUGAGUUUCCUUCAGCAAUAUUGAUUUGCUGCUGUCAAUUAUCUGUCAUGUAAGUACGUAAGGGGGGUGCGGUGGCGCUGCGGGUUUGGCCGGGUCCUGCUCUCUGGCGGGUCUGGGGU